AUCAUGGUCCCUAUUGUACAGUGAGGAAACAGGCAUGGGGAGCGAAGGAAGUCAUUCCCCUAUCAAAAUGGCCUGGUGGGACCUUGGAGAGUUCCCAGAGCCUGUGACAAACUGCAAAAGCAUAAGAAGUUCCCUCCGAGAUGGGGAAAAAAUCCUGAUGACUCUUAGGAUCAAGCUGUUUUUUUUUCUUUCUCUUUUUUUAAUGAAUAGAUUUAUAGCGAUUUUCGGUUUACAGAAAAAUGAGUGGAAAGCAGAGGGUUCUCAUCUACCAUCUCACCAUUAGUAACAUCUUGGCAUUUGUGCUAAUUUGUUACAACUGAGUCAAUAUUGACACAUCAAUAUUAACACAAGUCCACAGUUUAUUAGGGUUGUAAGUCAGUGGGUUUCAACAAAUGCAUAAUGACUUGCUUCCACUGUUACAGUAUCAUAAAGGAUAGUUUCUUCUAAAAAUUCUGUGUUCCAUUUCGUUAUCCUUCCCCCUUCGCUGAUCUUUUUUCUGUCUCCAGUUUUGCCUUUUCCACAAUGUCAUGCACUUGCAAUCACAGAAUAUGUAGACUUUUCAGACUGGCUUCUUUCACUUAACAAGAUGUAUUUAAGGUUUCUCCGUAGCGUGAGCACGCUCCAUGCCAAGAGCCCGGGUGGAGGCCUCUCAGGGUCCUGAGAGAUAGAGAUCCUCAGGGAGCAUUUGCAGAAGGAAUUCAACAUGUGUUUCAGCCCCCACUCUGUGCCAGGCAUAGCUCAGGGGACUUUCCAGUCAUCAGUGAACAAAACAAACCAGGCUCUCAUGGAGCUUAUGUUUUAAUUAAAGACAACUAACAAAUAUGUUAGAAGUUUCAGGAACUUCAAAGUGCACUAAAAUGCGCCCUACUCCAGGAAAUCUCUCCUCUCCUUCCUUCACCCCACCCCACGUCCCAUUCUUGGGGUCCCCCAGCUCUUGCCUCGCCCUCACACCACGGCGUUGGGAGCAACUGCGCCAGCUCCAACAGUCCUAACCCAAGGAAAAACCUCUUAAGUCCAGCAUGCUAAGAAUCAAUGAGCGCGGCCAGCCCGACGGCCCCGCCCUGCGCAGGCUUCACUCGUGGGAUUGCGCAUGUGCCACAGGCGGCCACCAAAAGCACUGAGCACCGGGCGGCCCGGCCGGCCUAAGCGCAGGCGCACUGGAGGCCGCCGGGAGCGCUUCCGCCUCCCCUCCGUCGCCAUGGCCGCGCCGGCCCCAGGCUUGAUCUCGGUCUUCUCGAGCCCGCAGGAGCUAGGCGCAUCGCUGGCGCAACUGGUGGCGCAGCGGGCGGCGUGCUGCCUGGAGGGGGCCCGCGCCCGCUUCGCGCUCGGCCUGUCGGGCGGCAGCCUCGUCUCAAUGCUGGCCCGUGAGCUGCCCGCCGCCGCUGCCCCUGCCGGGCCUGCCAGUCUCACCCGCUGGACACUGGGCUUCUGCGACGAGCGCCUGGUGCCCUUCGAGCAUGCCGAAAGCACCUAUGGCCUCUACCGGACUCAUCUGCUCUCCAAGCUGCCCAUCCCCGACAGCCAGGUGAUCACUAUUAACCCCCAGCUGCCCGUGGAGGAGGCGGCGGAGGACUAUGCCAAGAAGCUGAGACAGGCCUUCCAAGGGGACUCCAUCCCAGUUUUCGACCUCCUGAUCCUGGGGGUGGGCCCUGAUGGCCACACCUGCUCACUUUUCCCAGACCAUCCUCUCCUGCAGGAGCGGGAGAAGAUUGUGGCUCCUAUCAGUGACUCCCCGAAGCCACCACCACAGCGUGUGACCCUCACACUUCCUGUGCUGAAUGCGGCCCGAACUGUCAUUUUUGUGGCGACUGGAGAAGGCAAGGCAGCUAUUCUGAAGCGAAUUUUGGAGAACAAGGAGGAGAACCCACUCCCUGCCGCCCUAGUCCAGCCCCACACUGGGAAACUCUGCUGGUUCCUGGACGAGGCAGCGGCCCGACUCCUGACUGUGCCCUUCGAGAAGCAUUCCACUUUGUAGUCUGUCCCAAGGGAUGCCACAGCUUGGGACCACGUGCAGCCUGAGGGGGCUGGGACCUUCCAGGGCUGGGCCCCUCCACCACCACAUGCCGGGCUUCAUUUUCGAAAAGCCAGGUGGUGUUGACAAGGUCUGGCCACCAGCCCUGCCUGGGGGCUUAGGCCAUUGGCCGUGGCUCUGAGCAACCCAGAUAUUAAAAGGACCAUUGGCUCCA